CACUCCUCAGCAGCCUCUGUUCAGCAUACACAACUUUCAUCCCCAACCACCACCACUAACCACAAGUACAAGCAUGGCAGACAAACCCAGCACGUCAGCCGGGGCUCACACCCCCACCAACUCCAACGACAGAACCUGGAAAAUCGACAUCGGAGUAGUAAAACCCAGCGAGCCAUGUCCUCCUCCUCCUUCCUACCAGGGUAUGGAGAGGCAACCUACUCCCUCUCCGCAGACCGCAUCUAAACCCACCGCCCAAAACACCUCCAAAGAAGGCAAAUCCGCCCGCGACCUCGAUAUCUCCGGGUUCAUCUUAGCGCUGGUCCUACUUGGGAUCUUCAAUCUUGUUGGCUUCAUAGCUCUGGGAAACCAACUCAACCACCUCGGCAUCAGCAAAGAGGGCUGCGUACACGGAACCAAUCUCCCUUCUGGAGCGAUGCAUGCCAGGUCAGGGUCCCUGGUCGGGCGUGAUGCGUCCCCCGAUCCGACUCCGAUUCUCAUCGUCCCUGACACCAACGCCAACGCCAACGCCCACCCCGUCCGCCCCAAGGCUAUUCUGGAGGUUGCGUCCGCGGACAACAGGACGAUUCUCGUUGAGGGGAGGGGAGGAAGGGGGUCGUGA